CAACAACAGCACCAGCAACAACAACAACAACUAGAGGAAGAAAAACAACAACUGGAAGAACCCCUAGAACAAAAACACCACCCAUUACAGUCGGGAGACCAACAACAGCAGCAGCAACUGCUGCAGGAGCCUCAGAAUGACCCAUAUCAGCAGAUUCAACAACAAAAACAGCCGAACGAAUUGAUAGUGAAUCAUGAUCAUCAUCAGCAAUUUGUAGACAAGCACCAACAAGAGCAAGAGGUGCAUCAGCAAAAGCGGGAACAGCAACAACAACAACAACGACAAAAACAGCAACAACAACAAAGGGACCAACAACUACCAGGACCGGGAGAGGAACUCGAACAGAAGUACCAAUUCCAGCGGCUGUUCCAACAGCCUAGACAGUUUCAACAAGACUGUCAAUCCGUCGGCGGAAAAGUCAAUCAACGCAAACAGCGUCGGAAGCGGUCAUCGAAUACCAUUUUUAUACGGGACAUAGUCAAGCAGCAAAGCGUCUUAUGUCCCACAUCCGCUCAAUUUUUGAUUACAGGCGAAUCAGCUGGCCCAUCAAAUGCUUCUCUGAACACGUCACUAGCCUACAGUCUUCAGCCACAUCCUCGUAUUGCCCCCACACUCGAGAACAUCCUGAGCACAAUUAACGUUGGUUGUCGACUGGAUCUUCGUGUCAUUGCUCAGCAUGCUCUGAAUGCAGACUAUAACCCUGAAUUCUUCUCUGGUCUAGUAAUGCGGCUGAAGGAACCGCGCGCCACUGCACUGAUGUUCUCAUCCGGUAGGAUUGUAGUGACAGGUACACGAUCUGAAGACUCGUCAAGGCUGGCAGCUAGAAAAUUCGCUCGCAUACUUCAAAAGAUCGGCUUUGAGGCGCGAUUUGAGGAAUUUCGCGUUCGAAAUGUGGUUGCAUCGUGCAGUAUCGGGUCCGAGUUGAACAUCGAGGGUAUCUUCUUAACCCAUAACAAUUUUUGCACCUAUGAACCUGAUCUUUUUCCUGGUCUCAUCUACCAAAUGUUCCGACCACAAAUUAUUCUUCUAAUUUUUUCUUCCGGAAAGGUGGUGUUGACGGGUAGCAAGGACUGGUCAGAUAUCUAUACGGCUUUUAAAAGCAUCUACCCGGUAUUGCAGGGGUUUAGAAUUAGCUGAUUUAGUGAGAUUAAACACAGCUGUAAAUUCAAAUGCCAACAAUUAAAAAAACAGACACAACUGAAAUUAACAGGCCAAUCGAAGGAUACUCGGAUGCUAAUUCGCGUUUAUCAAAUCUCUGCUAUCAAUAAAUAGUAUAUCUUAUUAGAUUUAAUUAGCACACAGUUGCUCCAGCGGUCAUCGUACCAUUCAUUCCCAUUUAGUUCAUAGCCCACGGUAUGUUUCAUUUGGCGGCUUCGAGUCUGCUUUGCUCUUUGUCCCGUAGAUCCUGUGGAUCAUUACGCUUAACUCAGACAUUGAAUUUUCAUUUUACUCCCACUGAAACUAGUUCAUUGUCAAUGUAUAUAUCAAUUUCGAACGCCAAAAUGUGCUAGGCUUGGUCUGCUACAGUGGUGGUCAAACAAACCAUACGUUAGGUGUGGAUAGUUUUCCCAGCAAGAUGACUUUGAAAUCGCAUAGCUUUUACGAAAGCCAUCUACAAAAGGGGUGACCAUGGAUGAUGAGAAAAAAUUCGAUUGUUCUUAAGUGUAAAAAGUAUUGAUCUCAAUUUUGGCUGAAAUAGAACGACGGGAAAUGUUUGUGCUGACUGAUGCGUCUAUCUAGCUUUGUACAAUGCCUUCAAUUAUUGUGUCGCGUUACAGUUAUCGUAACGACACCUCAUUCAAUCUUGCAAUGACAGUUCGUAACAGAUCAGUGGAUUUACAGUAGCUGCAUAGGUUGGGUAGCGUAGUAUAUAGCAAUUUAGUCAAUCUAUAGUUAGUGAUUUAAUGUUUGCGUGCAGUUGGCUAGCCUAGCAUGGCUGUGUGUAGUGUAGUUUAUGCGGCGUUCCGUUGAGCAAAUACAUCUACACUUUGGCGGUCCUAGCACUCAGGGUUAACGGUGCGUAUUUGUCAGACAUACACCGAUGAUGACCUACGGUGAUUGUAACUAUGUUGUACGGAGCAUAUGAUUGUGUAUAAUAUCCAAAUGAGAUCUAAUACACACAGAUUAGGGCCUUAGGGCCAAGGUGACGGUAUAACAGUUACGGCUGGCAUUCGUCUUCAUAAGUGGCAGAAUAAGCUAAUACUUAACAAAAUACCUUGCAAUUUCGUCAUCGACGUGUCCACAAAACACAAUGUGACUAGCUGGCAAUUUAAGACCGGAUUGGUGAAGCAUCUAAAAGAAGCUUCCCUUAGCGUUUUCGCAGAUGCGAUCUCUUUUAUUUUGCAGUAGUAAAUGAGUUGAUAUUCCAAAUACAAGGCGCAUAAAAAUAUGCAUUCGCCCGGUCACCUGGGCCGCAUCGUUGAUACUCCCAGUUCUUCAGAAGACACGAUCGCUUCAGCAAGUUUUAAAAUAACACAUAAGAGUUUGCACAUUCUUAACUAUGAAUAACACAUUUUGAACUUAGUCGGA